GCGGGACAAGUCGCAAAUCAACUAUAUCAUUCAAGGCAUUCCCGACGAGAUCGCAAACAAGGCUGUGUUGUAUGGAGCUAAGAACAUGCAACAGAUGAAAGAAUACUUGAAGCAGUAUAAAGAGAUGAAGAGGGAUACGAAGGCGGAAACAAAAUUUCGGGAACGCAAGCACGAUAUGGGAAAACGAUCGGAAAUGCGAGAUCAGUCGGGGCAAAGAGUUAAUGACAAAAGCGGUUUCAAUUGUGUCAGUGCGGAUUAUUCGAGUGUUAAGUGUCCGAAGAAAGAAAAAGAACCCGAGAAGAAGGUGUCGAUAGAUGACUGUAAAUUUAUAUCGGUAGUGGAUACGGGUAGCGAUCCCACACUUAUACGGCCAGACGGGUAUGAGAAGUUAGGAUCACCACCUCUAGGUAAUUCCAAGCUUGAGUUUGAAGAUUUGGGUUCGACUGACAAUGAGACCUGGGGCGAGGUGACGUUUCUACGACUUGACGAUCAGACUGACGGUUACGAAGACGCGCCGAAUAUAUCGAAAGUUAACGUAACAGAGCAGUGCGACGAGACAGAUGUAUCGCACGCACAGGAAGCGAUUCCGGGAAGCGAUUCGCGAUAUCAUUGGGGGGUAUAAGCCGGAGAAGACGCGGGACACCGGGGUAACUUCAAAAAGCGUUCCAAAAGCGACAAACCCGUAGCACGAAGACCGCGAAGACUGGCGCCGUCUGAAAAAAGGGAAGUAGACGAUUUGAUGGAGUUGUGGACAAGCGAACACGUCGUUAAACCACCAGACUCCAAGUAUGCAAAUCCUAUAAUAGCAGUACCAAAGGUAAUGCAGGUUCAGGUAGUCAGGCAGGCGCACGAGCGUGGGUAUUUUGGGGCCACCGUAAACAGAAGCGCGGGAAAAACUCCUUUCCAGCUACUGGUCGGGGUCGAAAGACAGGUCAAGGAAGAUGCACAAGUUAGAGAGCUGAUCGACGAAGAGUGGGCCGCGAGGUUCGAAGAGCAACGCCGCGAGCUACGGGAGGACGCGAAAAGGAAGAUCGCCGCAACUCAAGAGAAGAAUAGGCAAAAUUACAACAUAAGAAGAAAGAGUGCGAAGCAGUACCGCAGGGGGGACCUUGUCGCCAUAAAGAGAACACAGUUCGGCGCAGGGUUAAAACUCGGGGGCAGAUUUUUGGGUCCGUACCGGGUAGUGCGAGCCAUGCGGAAUGACCGUUACACCGUGGAGAAAGUAGGGGAGUAUGAGGGACCCGCGCACACCUCGACGACUGCCGAUUUCAUGAAACCUUGGGUCCUGAACGCCGAAGAUGACGCAUCCGAGGACGACGAGAAUGAACACAACAUCUGAAGGCAGAUAUUACUGCAGGAUGGCCGAGUGUAGUAUCGGGGAGAAGGGCCUAAGAAACAUGGAGUUAACUAUAGACAAUGUCGCGAGAGCCGAGGCGCUGUCGGCUCCAUCAAUGCGUUAUCGGUCCUUCAAAUAAAUAGCUUCGCCGAAAAGACCUACGUGACCUUGGCUACGAGCGUCCGCGGAACACGUGUGCGGUGGGCCUAGCAAAAGACAAAAGAAUGCUACAACGGCCAGAGAGUCAGUUGAGAAGCAGAGUGCGAGUUGAGAACAGAGUGUGAAUCGACGUGCGACGAUAUUAUAGUCGGUCCUUUUGUUAUUGAAUAUCGCUUAUUAAACUAGAAUAAACUCUAUUUAUAUUCCUUUUGUUAUUGAAUAUCACAUAUUAAACUACACUAAACUUUAAAUUUACCGUCAUUACUUGUCCUUACUCUAAGAAUCCAACUACAUAUAUUUGUAUAUUUCUAUAUUAUUAUAUACUUGAGGUAGAGAGACAUUCGCAAGCCACGAAAUCCUCAAUAGCAACGUCGUAGCUUCAAGAACAGGUGAAUUGAGUGGAAAACUGGGUCAUCGAAUUUUCACGCGGCAAUUAAAUCGCCUGUCAGAUUUGUAACAUGGCCACGCGUGUAUUGUCAAUAGGAGGAAUUUAUUGUUACAACUCAACAUAUACAGGGUGUGACGGAAUAACGCGUCAAACAGGUGGGAGGUGACCGGUUGUGGCAAAGUAAGAAAAAGAUAUGCGACAGAAUUUGUUCGUCCGAGGCUUAGUUUUAGCUUAGUAUACUCGUCACGCGUAAAUAAAAAAUUAAACCAGUCGUUUCAUUGCAAUUUAACUCUACAUUACAACGGCUCGUUACAUACACACCCUGUGCUUGACGAGUAUACUCGCCGUCGCUUACAUUCUGCGACGUGUACCAUUUUCGGUACACGUCGCCUGUUUUCUGCCACGUGUACCAUUUUUGGUACACGGUUUUCAAAGAGGUCGCGACAGCUAAGUGACUAGGUGCGAUUGUCACUACAUAAACAUCGAAUGAAAUUGCACUAUGGCAUACUCGAGCAACGAUUGUAUCAUCCGACAGAUCGAUCUUCUCAUCAGAGCAAAUCAUCAGAUUCGAUGGUCGCUCGAACCUGGUCGUAUUUUACGCGAAGGAAGAUUUCCCCGCCCGCGCACAGCCGCCUUCCGCAUUGCACCAGAUCGACGUUACGUCACUGUUUCACCCUUGGCAAGCGGCGAGCGCGGCCGUUUUUCCUCUUAAGUCGAGUUUGCAAGCGCGCGGCGCUGCCAUUUGGCGGCCAACAGUCGCAGAAACCGCGGCAAGCAAAGCUUAAUUACACCGAGCGCAACUCUUUCGUCGACGUAAACGCGAAGCGAACUCGCGUCAAAUUAACGCGUCAAAUUAAAAAUUGUGUCGCGCGGUAUAACGAGCUCGCGACGACAGAAUGGAAAUUCGACGAGCAAACGGAAACUUCUGAAUGGGAAAAUACGACGUUUCCAAGCGGAGUUUGCCGCAGAAGUACACGACGGUCGUACGAGAGAAACGAUAGAAACGCGCUUUAACCAGACAGCUGUUGAAGACGAGUAUACUCGUCGAACACGGAUUGCGCGUGGCUGUCACGAUAAAGAAUUAAGUUGUGACGAAACGACUAUUUCAUUUCUUAAUUUUAUCGCUGGCGGCGUAUUUUGGUAAACCGAAUGUGUGAAAAAAGAGAUUCGUUUCAGACGAAAUUGUUUAAUUUCGUUCGGACUAAAAAUUAUAACUUUUCAAAUAAUCAUUUUCUUCCGGAAUUCUUGCAAAGAAAAAUAUACAUUUUAAACUGGAGAAGUCGUGUUAUACGACAAUUAGUAACAUUUGUUUAUUUAUUUAACUGAAACAUAUGUAGUUUGCAUAUGAACGAAAAAGGUUCGGGAAAAGUCAAUUAAUGAGAAAAAUGUUUAGUUUAAAUUACAAUUUUAAUGAAAAUACUCGAUAUUGUUUCGCAACAGACGAUUAAACAGCAAAUUUCAACUACUUUUUGCACAUAAACAACACAAAAUAUUAUCAUUUCUUCGUGACGAGUAUACUCGUCGAGAACAGCUACCUGGUAAAAACGUUUUCUUCGUUCGUAAAAUCGUAAAAUUUUUCGAACAGAAGCGUCGAAUGGUUUCAGGAAGACGUGUUUUCGUGUUACAAUUAAUUGUUAGAAAAAUAAUUUAUUUAAAUAUAUA